AUGAGGUCUGAAUUGAAAAGCGGCAAAACGAGCCAAAAAGUUACCGAGUUACCAGUGAACUGUCCGGACUUGAAUCGCACUGUAAGAACCGAUCCACAUCAAGCGACUUACAAUUUUACGCCAGAUUUUGGAGCAGACAAUGUCACCAAAUCUGCCCUUGGUUACCGAUAUCACGGAGAUGCUGUGUCGGUUAAUAUAACUCUAGGAGGAUUCCCUGUUGGAGAGAGUGUAUCCAUAGGAACACAUGAAGUGGUAGCAAUAAUAUUUGAUGAUGAAUUGGAAAAGAAAUGUACAGGAAUAUAUAUCGUUGAAGAUGAUCAACCACCCAAUGUAACGUGUUCCAAUCAAACCAUUCUGCUUGGCAACGUUGUAUCCAAUUAUGAUGUGACCGUUUCUGAUAACGUUGAUGAGCCAUCGUCUCUUCUGAUAAAUUAUGCUCCAAAGAGACCUGGUCAAAGGUUGGAUCUCGGCAUCAAUGAAAUAUCAGUGAAUGUUACAGACUUAUCAGGGAAUAUCAAUAACGCAAUCUGCUAUAUCGAUAUACAAAUGACCGAAUUGCCGGUCGAUGUUAUAGAUGCAAUAGCUGUUUCUACGGGAGGCACAUCCUUUCUUUCUUUUAAUUACCGCUUGAACGAAGACCUAACUGUCCACAAUUUCUCAUUCUAUGGUGAUGGAAUAGAUGAAUCAAUAUUUGUAAAUGGAGAAGGGCCACAAUUAGGAGUUUUAUCAAGUGAAGUCAACAACAUCGUGAUAAAUGCAACAGAUGGAGUGCUGUCCAAGACAUUUCAGUUUGUACUAACUGUUGAACGCAAUCAAACAGUAAGUCGGAUCCUCUCUGGAAACGUUACUUUGGCAAGGAUUGGUGAUAUUGUGGCUGAUUUUACUGACGAUCUAAUGGAUAAUUCGUCCACAAGCUAUAUUGACACCGCAAAGGAAAUUCAAGCACAGCUCGAUAUGAUAUUCAGAAACACAUCAGGUUUCAUCGCUUCAAGAGUCAUAUUAUUUAGGCCUGGAAGUGUUAUUGCCACGUUCGUACUUAUUUACGAUUCAUCAUCGAGUGUGACUGCUGAGGAGGCUACUGACAUAUUUAGAAAAGCAAUAACGUCAAAUGAUGAGGUCAAUCCCGGUUCAGGACUCUACCUUUCUUCAAGUACAAGCUUCUUCAUUUCUUUUCCAUGUGGACGCCUCAUCUGUGAAAACGAUGGAAUAUGUACAAUAACAAAUGAUGGAUCGGAGCCAAUGUGCAGAUGCACGGAUGAUUGGACGGGGGAUCGUUGUGAAAUACCAAAUGCACAGCCAAACCGUGUUGGGAUAAUCGUCGGAGCAACAGCAAGUGCACUUUUCUUGAUCAUUGUGACUAUCUCCUUGGUUAUGAUUGCUGUGAGAAAUAGAAUGAUUAGGAUGUACCAGAGUAGCCAGGAUCCGUCCGAAUUUGCACCAACAUAUUUUACGUCUCACAGAGACUACAGUGAUGAAUCACGAGGAAAACCCAUUGUACGUCACAGUAAACAAGAAGAAACUAAGGACUAUCCAUAUUGGAAUUAUGCAAUGGAUAAGGACUUAGUUCUGUUCAAUAAAUACAAGAGCAGACAGCAAAGGAGACCCAGUCAUAAUUUUCGGACAAGGCCGUAUUCCACUCGACGUUCGCCGAACCACGAGCCAAUGCAUAAUGGAAGUCGACCGACAAAGAAUGGAAUCCCGCUCCGAGAUACAUAUUAUGUCGGACAUCUUUAGUCCGACCUGGGCUCCACCAAUCUUGAACUGAAAUGGUAAACAAGAAAUUUAAAGCAUAUAAAUUUUGUUGUCAACGAGUUGUAUGGCAUCUUUCUAUUAACCCGAUAUAUAUAUAUAUAUAUAUAU